GCCGUGGCGAAGCCUGGGGAGCCACCUCUGGCGCUGCCUUUGGAGCAGUUUGGGGCUAUCCGCGUACCUUGGGUGAGAACGGCGUGGUGUGCUCUCUUCGGUGUUGAAGUGGCUACGCUUUUCGAAGCGCUCAAGGAUCCGACAAACGCACAGUUUGUCUUUGUCUCGGACUCGACUGUUCCACUGAAGAACUUCUCGUACGUGCACAAGGAGCUAAUGCAGGUUGCUCCGCAGAGCAGCAAGGUCUGCUUGGCUGAGCCCGCCCGUUUUGCUUUGGCCAAGACGGAGAUGAUGAAGCAGGAAUCAUUGCGCAAAUGCUUCUUCCGCGACUUCUUGCGUGGGAUCAACCCCCGAGCUUUGAAGCACCAUCAAUGGCUGACGCUCACAAGGAGACAUGCGGCAGCCGUGGUCGUGCAUGCAGAGGAUGCCCUGAACAUCUACGAGGAUGCGUGGCUCCAGGCCGCCCCUGACUUGGACAUAGGUGAGGGCUGCUCUGAUGAGGCGGUACCCGUGAUCGCCUUGUUGGCUUCGCUUACUUCGAAAGGCCAGAGCAGUGGGAACACCUGGACAGAUCUCACUCGCUUAGGCGUCGAGCAG